AUGACCCAAGCGCGCGCAGCCUUUCUGCGCAACGAAGCGACUCGGCGGUGGCUCGUGAAGGACGAGCUGGCGUUCCUCUUGCUGCACUACAAGCAGGUGAGCGUCCCGCUGGUCUGCUCGGCGCAGCCACGGCCACCAAGCGGCACGUUGCUGUUCUACAACACACUGGAGGUCUCGGACUACAAGAAAGAUGGAUGGCGUUGGCAGAAGCGCAAAGACAAGAGUGGACGGGUUCGUGAGGACCGCGCAAAGCUCGUGAUCAACCGAGAGGUCAUCAUCUUGGGAAGUUAUGUGCAUUCGGCCGAGAUUUCCUCAUUCCAUCGUAGGAUCUACUACAUACGGGAUUCCACGAAACACAUUGUCCUUGUGCACUACUUUGACGAGAUGAACAGAGGUGGAGUGGGACCUCGAGUGUCGACACGCGUAAGCAAGUCGAGUAACGAAAUCGAUCGGUCGUUGCCCGCUGCUGCUGUAUCGAUGUCACCGCUCCAGCAACAACGUCCACUGAACUUUGUGGCACCUGACGAAACAGCUGAAUCCAUCGUGAAAAGCUGCUUCGACAUAACGGAUUCGGGGCCCCGAGCAACAAAAUCUCAGACGUUGUCGGUACACAAUUUUGAUGCAAACAUAGCGUUGCUGAAGGGGGGCAAAAUGGACGAGAAGAGCGCAGAAUUUCAUGCAGACGACCGAAUGUAUGACCUGGGCUGUGCCGAUUCUCUCGAAGAGCGUACUUUCGGAUCGAAAGGCCGGCAACCCUUCCUGACUAAAAUUUCUGAUUUCUCGCCUGACUGGGACUUCAAAGACGGUGGGGCCAAGGUUUUGAUCUGUCUGGCAGCGAGCCUUCCAGAGGGUGUCGCGCACGAUACCACGAAUUUGUUUGUGCAGUUUGGUGCCAAACGAACUCGCGCAGAAGUGGUUUCGGACACGAUGCUACGUUGUACAGCUCCUGGUUGUAUAGAUACCGGCAUUGUCGACAUGUACGUAUGUCAUCGGAUCGAAAGUCUACAACAAGAGGCUUUUCAGCUAUCACAGAGAAGAAAGUUCACCUACCGAAGUUACCGACAGGCGUCUCCAUCGCUUGUGGGCGAAGGAGCGACGGAUGGACACGUUUGUGCAGUAGAGGAAGCUGUUGACCUGCCUAAACUUGCAGUAUCCCGUUCUGCACACAGCGCCUUCGGCACGGGCAAGCGAGUUCGAUCUCGUGCUAGUCAUUCCCAUCCCGUUGUUGAUAGCAAUCGGCCGCUGAACAAUUUUCUAGGAUCGAACCGGUCGUUGUCGACAUACGUUGAGUCGGAUCUCGACGAACGGCAGUGCAAGAUUCGGGUCGUUGAGCGAUUGUCCGAGUUUCACCAAGCGAUACAGAUAAAAGCUGUGGAGUCGUCUGCAGUUGAGAAUCUCAGCUCUGGUGUGUCAGUAAGUUCCAGUGGUGAGAAAGACAUAUUUGCUGAUGUGAGCGGCGGACCAGCUCUACCGAGUAAGCAGAUAUCUGGAAAGACCUGUGCGUCAACCUGCCAAGAACAGCUCACGGGUGAGCCAGUUCCUCAACCAAGCAUACGCGACGGACCGCCAGCCUCGUUGACUUCUUUCGGCGAUACAUCGGCGUCUUUGGACGACUGUACGAUCGAGGCGCUAAGUGACAAUGAGUUGGAGCAGCUUUCCGAGCAACUACUGGUGCGCGUCGUGCAUCAGCUUGUAACAGUUGCACAUACGAGCGAGGAGUUGCUGGAGGAGCUCAAUUCGCUCGAUGAAGCUGGCUUGAGUUUGUUGCACUAUGUGAGCUUUUACAAUUACUCUCGAUUGGUGCCUCUUCUGCUUGCCCACGGCGUACAAAUCAACCAACAAAGUACUCAAGGGCAGACAGCGCUUCACUUGGCAGCAGGAUGUGGUCACGACCAAGUGAUCGACGUGUUGCAGCAGUCUGGGGCAGAUUUGCAAGCCCUCGAUUUUGAAGGCUUGACUGCUGCUGAUCGUGCUGAAAAGUCUGGCCACAUGGACGCUGCAGCCAAAUUGCAUCGCUACAUGGGGGACGGUGCUCUUGUCGACACGAGUAUUGUCGAUGAAAUGUACGGAACGCUUAUGGAGAUGGAUGGCAUGCCGACGCCGUACAUGGAUGCAGGAGACAUGGGCCUUCUGGAGAGCAAUGAUUACGGAGAGAUUGGCACAGGACAACUACAUUUUCACUCAACUCGCUGUGAGAGUCCGUAUGUGGCAAGCUUAGCGUCGAAGACAUCCUCUCGCAUAGGCGAAACGCAGGAGCACAACCGUAAGCUUCUACUUGGGGCUUUUUCCACGAUGAGCUUGCACGACAAAUGCGCACUGUCAUUGAGCAUCUCACGAGACUCGGCGGGUAAUGCUGCAUGGCGUCGUGAGACUAUGGAUGAGGAAGACCCUCUGACCGCUUCUAGCACUAGCAGCUCAGUGACAUCAGUGGGUCACAGCUUCUCCCCCGUAAGCACAGCUGGCAUGGAUGCCGCUGACCUUGCUGAUGGGCGAUUCGUCCUGCCCGGAACUCGAACCGAUUCGGAUGUUCAUAGCGUUAUCGCUGAAAACAAGGAAGGUUUGAACAAGCUCCAAGCAGCCAUGGAACUCAUGGGACCAGAAGAAAGGCAGUCGCUGGAAGACGAGGUGAAAGUACUGCAGCACGGUAUACGCGCGUGGUUGCUCAAGCGGAACUGCAGGAACAUGCGUGAGACGACAAUACAGCUUCGCGAAGCCACACAAAGUAUCGAGCAGCGAGACGCUGCGAAACACCUUCCUUCUGAGGUACACGCGCAGUCAGAACGUGAGCGUGCCGCCAUAACUGUCCAAGCCGCAACGCGGAGUAUGUUGGCUCGCCGUAGUUUUCUGCAUACGAAGCACGUAGCCAUUAAGCUGCAAGCGGCCACACGGGGAGUGCUCUGUCGUAAACACUUUGCUCGCAUGAAGGCGCAUGCUCUGGCCUCACUGGUGAUCCAGCGCAAUGUUCGCGAGUGGUGGAGCAAGCAGCCGACUGCUGCACGGUCAGAAGGUCUUGGCAGCACAACAGGCGACGCAAGAGAAAAAGAAAACGCCACGGAAGACGAGAAGCCAUCAAGCUCACCUGACGCACGUGAACGAGCGCUGUGCGACGAGUUGCGCCAUAGUUUGUAA